AUGGAUGCGCGUUGGGAAAAUAUGAUAAUCAACCCAGAAACUCGACAGCUGGCUGCCUUGGAGCCCAACAAGCGACAGCGGUUUCAAGAUACGAGUAAGAAGACUAAGGCGGUAUCUCGUCCUAGCAGUGUUAGAAGCCAGCUGGAGCCAGGUUUCUUGCAUGAUAUCGCAGGAGUGAGCGGGGUCUUCAUGUAA